GACAGAUCCAAAUCACAAAUUUACUGUCAUGCUGUGCAAUGCUAAAAUUUGCUUUAGAAAACGCACUGCAACAUUAAUUUAAAUUUAAGUUUUUUAUGUCUAACUCAUGUGUUUGUUAAUAGUCUUGAGUUAAAAUAACAAUUUUGAACAAACUUUUAUAAUUAACAUUACUAGUUCAGUGUAGAAAUGAAGUUGUACAAGCAAAAACUUUUAUCGGAUGUACAGUUGAAAAAGUUAGGAGAACACAAGUAUUCUUGCCAAAGUGUUAGUUUUUUAGAUAAAUUAUUACAGCCCUAUUGGUGUUGGUUGGUGUUAAAAGUGCCCAUAUGGUUAGCACCUAAUUUAAUAACUGUCCUAGGGCUGUGUGUCAACAUAUUUACAUCUUUAUUAUUGAUAUGGUAUUCACCUGAUGCCAAAGCUGAAGCUCCUAGAUGGGUUUGUGCCUUGUGUGCUCUAGGACUAUUUAUUUAUCAGAGUUUAGAUGCCAUAGAUGGAAAACAAGCCAGAAGAACAAACUCUUCAAAUCCACUUGGUGAACUUUUUGACCACGGAUGUGACUCAAUUUCUACAGUAUUUGUUGCUCUUUCUGCAUGUACAGCAGUUCAGUUAGGAUACUAUCCAGGUUGGAUGUUCUUUCAGUGCUUUUGUGCGAUGACACUAUUUUAUUGUGCUCAUUGGCAAACGUACGUCUCUGGAACGUUACGGUUUGGAAAAGUGGAUGUCACUGAAGCACAAUUCACCAUAAUAGGUAUCCUCUUAAUAUCCUCGAUAUUUGGCCCAACGGUGUGGUCUACAAAGGUAACACUUUUUGGAAUAGACAUUUUUAUGGCCCAUGCGAUGAGUACUGCAUUCUAUUUAGGCUAUUUGCAAGUAUUUUUAUCGUUUAUCGAAAGAUUAAAAAUCGGAGGAAUUGGAAAGAAUGGAUCCACGAUCGCUCUACCUACCAUGAACGUUGAAAUGAAGUUGAUACCGAUAGCGUUGGCGUGUAUGAUAGCGGUGUUUCUUGCCCAAUCUAAUCUUUCUAUAAUUUUUACGGGAGGAGUGGGCAAAAAUGGAUCCACAGUAGCUGGAACCAGUGUUCUAUCUCCCGUGAUACCAUUUUCCAUGGUGUUGGUACCUGCAUUCAUAAUUUAUAAGAAGUCCACACAAGAGAUUUACCAAAAUCAUCCAGCAUUAUAUAUUUUGGCGUUCGGUCUCGUUGCUGCCAAAGUUACAAACCGAUUAGUAGUAGCUCAUAUGACUAAAAGCGAAAUGGACUACAUGGAUUGGUCUCUUAUGGGACCGGCAAUGCUGUUUUUAAAUCAGUACUUCAAUACGUUUAUCAAUGAAUAUUAUGUGCUGUGGUUAUGUCUGAUAUGGGUAGCAAUCGAUCUCAUGAGAUACUGCGCACAAAUCUGCCACGAAAUUUGCGACUCUCUUCAUCUAGAACUGUUUAAGAUACCAUACCCUGGAGGUCCUGUGAGGUCAUAUGUUUCUAGUAGCGCAUCAGUAGAAAAAAAUGGUACGAAUAACAAAGUAACUAAUAGAUUACAAAAAUCACGCGCUAAAAGUAAACAUUGAUUAGUAGAAACACUUAUUUAGUUUGAGCACUUUUUUGUGAUUAUCGUUUGUUAAGUGUUUCAGUUCUUUCAGAUACGGACCAGAGACAAAUAUAUAGUGGUCAAUUUCUUGAAUUUAUUGAAUAUAUUUCGGAAUGAGCUUAAUUAUUUCAAUGACUGUGAAAUGAGUCUAUAUUUUUGGGGUUGAUACGUUUUAUGUAUAUAAUAUACGGCUGGUAAUUUUACUUAAAAAAAUCUUGCUUUCGGAUAUUUGUUACAAAAUGUGAUAAUUUGAGAAAUAUUGGAAUACUUCGAACAUAUACUGGUUUAUUGUUUUUAUGCUAUAUAAUGUAGUUUAACAUUGCUUUAAUGGUAGUUUUGUGACGUGCUUAUUGUCUAAGUUGCUUUUAACCAAAAUGUCUUACAAAAUAUUUAUGGUAAUCACAUAACCAGAUUCGAGGCCUGUCCCAAAAGUAUUUGACCUUCGUUCAUUCUAAACUCUUCGUCAUUCAGCUCGUGGCAUCCAUUGAAAUAAUCCCUGUACGAUCCAACUACACCGGUUCCGUCGGUGCUUUAAAUCACUGAAGCAGUUCUGAAAUUAAGUUUUUGUAAUGGGCUCCAGUGACACCUUCGCAUUCGUUUGAAUCGUCUCUAUGAUGGCGACUGUACGGAGACUUGCGGAGUUGUGUUAUUUUGUGUUCCUUGCCAAAAAGGUGGUUCACCUUGUGUGACAAUGUUCGUUGAAUGUGCUGGCCCAUUACCGUAAUGAAGGAACCAGCCGAAGAUCGCCUAACAUGUAGCCUUUUAUUUUCACUAAUGGAUUUAAUGUGCAGUUGGAAGAAAAAAGAAACAAUCAAUAUGGGAACUUCCAUUGUGAAGACUGUUGCUUUGUUUUGGGAUCAUAACCGUGUAUCUACAUAUAUUUUCAUCAUUAGCUAUCAUUUUCAAGUUGUUUAGAGAGACCGCUAAGCGAAUAUUUUCUGCCCUGCCCUGAUUAACUUUGGAAUUAAUUUAGUACACGCUCGAGUCAGUUCCAUUUAGAAUAGAAUUCUUGAUAUAUACGUUUUCGACAUGAAAAAGUUUUUUUGGAUCAUUUGGAAAAACAUGGAUCAAUUCAACCAUUCUUUUACGUAUUUUUGGCUGACGAAUAUAAUACCAAAGGACUUUUGCAUAGUUAGCACAGAACUAUUUUCAUUUUUAAAGCAAAACUGAAUGUAAAUUUAUUACUCGCAUCUCUCGUAUCAUUUUUAGCGACUACAAAAUGCGACGAAUUAAAAAAAGACAAUGCAUGACAACAGCAAGGUAUCCCGAAGUAGACGCUUCCCCUUUGUAUCUGCGGUAUACGAUAAAUUCGUGGAGAGUUAAUGAUUAGACUAGUACCCCAGAGAGGGCGCUGAAACAUUUUGUCGCGUAUAUAAUACUAUUACUUAUAGGACAGAACUCGUACUUUGUCGUCUUGUAUUUCUCUUUUAUCGGUAUACUUAGCAAAAUAUGCUUUUGUUAUGAUUUCUGUUAAUGAUUAUUAAUCCUACUCGUUGCUAGUCUGCUUCUAUUUAAGGUUAUUACGUAUUUUUUUUAAUACAUAUUGAAAUAAAAUCUUUUUCAAUUGCCUUCAACUUAACUCCGUUUUAGUAUUGAAAUUUUGCCUUUACUAAUAAUUAACUUGACUCUUAUUUAUAUUUAACUUAUACUAAUCUUAACUUUGAAACAGCGUAAGCUUGAGCUUCAACUCGUUAUGCAGGGUAAAGUAUUUGGCGGGAGAGGACCGGGACGCCGUCGUAUCUCGUGAUUAAAAAACCUCCGAUAAGGCACUGAAGAAGAAGAAUCUUAACUUCUUAAUUUUUAAUUCAAUUAAUGACAUCAUCAAGUUUGGUCAUUUCGUAGCAAACAACGCAAACAAAGUAACUCUUUGUGUUAGUUUAUAUAAAAUACUAUUUACUUGUGCUCUCUUGAACUGCAUAGUAAUAGUAUUACAAACCAGUUGACCAUAAUAUGUAGGUCUUUUUAGUCAGUUGUAGGUAGCCAUUUCAAUUUAUUCUUCAUCCACCUGUCAUUACUCAUCUUUUUCUCAUGAUCAGUCAAGUUCCUCUGUAGCAUGGCGAUUCGUUUGGUGAUAUCCCGUAUUUGGGUUUCUGUGAUUUAAAGCAUCAAUGUUUAAAUUUUCCAGUACAACGUUGCGGCAUCAAAAAGUAAAUGAUUAAGUUACUUUCAUAAUUAAUGUUUUUUCAUACGUUAUCCCCGUCGAGUAUUUCAAAAAGUCAAUAAUGGCCGUGAAUGGUCUUGGUAAUAUGAAGCCGCCUUUACUGACACUUCUUUCAAUAUUAAGUUUAGGGUUGUGGUUGAUGUCGGUCCACAUGUUUUAACAGUUUAAAUAGCUCCGCUUGGAGCCUGGCUUCACUUGUUUAUGAGGGGUAAAUGGCAUUUAAAGCCGUGUUUGUCAAGCGGGUUGUCCAUUCUGAUGAAGAAAAUGAAUUACUGUUCGAACAGCAUAAUACUGGAGUUAGAAACUGAUUUCUUUGGAAUAUGGAUUACUAUACCAUAUUAAAAGAUGUAAAUUUGAAAAAAAAAAAAGGUUUGUUUACCCUUUUAAGAAUUCGGUAGACCUGCAAAAUAAGAAUCGCUAUCGGCAAGCUAUUUUUUAACUUUGGCAAUAAAGAAGAUAAUUGUUUUUACUAAAUAGGGCCGUUUUCUUAAGUUGUUCGCACCAACUUUGUAAUGGCGACACUUAAUGAACUCCAGUUAUUAUUAACCGUUUUCCAAGUAACCAAUACAAGUGAUUUCGCGUGCAUCGUAAAAUACCGUAGCCCAUCACUAUGCCGGACGAUUUCACUCACAUCGCCUGCAAGAAUUCACUGUAUUGAUUGUCAAGGGAGUGUAGUAUUGUAUCUGUGUAGCGUCCACAUGCAUAAAAUCAUUAGCAUUACAAUGGAAUAACGCCAAAACAGCCUCAGGGUCGACCAUACGACUGCACUUAUUAUUUACUGAGAGCAGACGGUAUCAAUCUUGUUUUUUUUAGUCCCAAUUUUUCGUGCAAAAUUAAAAUGACUAUACUUUGCACUCAAAGUCAUAUCGUGUAUUUUAUAAAUCUUUUUGGGGGUGGUCACUUCUACUGGACAUCCAGAAUUAUGUUUAUCCAUUGUGGACUUACGAUCACGUCUAAAUUUAUCUAAUUUUAAUCAGUUAAAAACGCAGCAACAGAUUUACUACGUACUUUAUCCAAUUCAGAAAUUGAUUGAUCUUAAUUGGUGUUGAACGAAAAAUAAAUCAUUUUCCAUCCUACGAGCGCCAUCUGUUUGAUUUUAUAAGUUCUUACUAAACAACCCUAGUAUAUUUUAUUUUAAUUUAAAAAUUAUUUUCUUCAUUAUCUGUAUAAUUACAAUACUUAUUAAUAAUUACAAUAGUUAUUAAUAAUUACUAUAAUUAUUUUAAGUGAAGACAUAUAUAGUGAAAAAAUAUACAUAGGAAAAAUAUAGUUAAUCCUUCUGGACAGUUAAAACUAAAAAAACCAACCACUUGUGUCUUUCUCCUCUUGUAUUUCUCCCCUUUUGUGAAAUUGACCAAGUAUAAUAAGUGUUCUUUAAACCCACUAUAUCUUAACACCUUUCUCAGUAUUCCUUUUUUUAUUCUACUAAUUAGCUUUUGUCACAUUUUUUAAGUUUGAUUUAAUGCCAGUACCGCUGUUCGUCACUGUGAGUUUCUUGGCUUCCUUUCUAACAAUAUAAGAACUACAUCCUCGAUAAGUUUACCAUUGUCUUUCAUUAUAUCUUUUCAAUGCUUAACAUUAAUAUUAUUCCAACACUAAUGAGUGUAGCAUAUUUAGUACUUAUCUCAGUAUUAGACUAGACCACCGAAGAUUUUAAGUCGUGGCUUCCUCACAAAAAUAAAUCAGCCUGUAAUAUAUGCCCCUGAUUUUUUUGUUUUUCAGACCACCUACCACUUUGUUUUUCGUACUUUCAGGUUAAGCCCGAAAUCAGAAUUUUUGGAUUCAACUCGAUCAAGCAAGUCUUGUAAGAGUGUCUUCAAUUUCAACUCUACCUUAAGUUGUUUAUUUUUAUACCAUUUAUGGUCAGACCUUCUUCGCAGUUAUCGAGUGACUUAUCUAUUAUUUUGUUGCUGUAAGUGUUGAUCAGCGGAGAUACUAUGCAAAUCUGACGAACCAUCUCUUUUAAUUCUGACCUCUUCAGAUAAGAAUGCAUUUUGCAUUUUUUCAGUGUAUUUUCCUUUAUUUUUAUAUACUUUAACUGAUGAUCCAACAUUUAUAUCGUCACUGUUCUUUGGUGUCAAUAUCUGAAAUAAUGCCCAACAACCACCAGCUUGGCAAAAAUUCAGUACUUGCUAUUACCAGCUAUCGUAUACUUCUUCUUGGAGUGCUUAUCCUCAUUGAACAUGGGUAAUCACUCUAGUUCACAAAACCUUAUUCACAGUAUCCCUAAAGAAUUGUAAUAAAGUUUUUCCGGUCCACUGUUUCAAGUUCUUAACCGACGAAAUUCGUCGUCUAUAUGGUCCUUCUUUUCCUUUCACUUUGAGCUGCAAAAUAAAUUAAAGGAAUGGUGUUUUUCGUUUCGCAUUGUGUGACCGACGUAUGAUGGUUUUGCCGUUAAAAGUAGUAGUUGUUGUUGACGUAUCCUUUGCAAGACAGCUUCAUCGGUGUUGUUAUUUUCUUAAUAGUUACCUACUUGAAAACCCAUAGAACCUGAGCACUCACAAUCUUAGAUUUUAUUUGUUUAAUUGCUCUAAAACAUGGUGAGUCACUGAUGGACCAACUUAGUAGCAUCGCAAGUGGCCUUGCCUAAUAAAAGUCCAAAGCUUCAUGCAGUCUUUCACUUAAAAUAUGUCAACUCCUUCUACAACCGUCCUAAUAUUUACUUACACAUUUUGAAUUAUUAACAAUAAUCUUGUUUCCGUACAACAAAAGUUCCGCCUCAAAUAAAAUUUUCUUUUUAAUGGGCAUUUAGCUUGAGCAAAAAUCAUUUAUCAUGUUUUUAUUUAAAAAGUAUUUUUUGUUGAUUAACAGCGUAAUCAACAACUCUAUAAAGGGCAUUGUUUUUAUCCCAUUCACUCUCAAGUGGUCGUAGCUAUUGGGCACUCCUAGUUCUGAUAAGAGGAUGUACUUGCCAUAUCUAGAUAUAUGGAGGGUAUUACAGCUUUUUUCAGUUCCCUACAUGCGACGCAUUGGUACCAGCCUUAUAUCAUAAAAUUAAUUCGUACCACUCCAAAAAAUUAAAUACGGCUCCUUUUAUUUUUUAAAGGUUAGAUAUUUUCCUUCUUAAAUGUUUUUGUACAUAUCGGUUGAAAUAUGAUUUAAAUUUAAUUAUUUUUUGUUAAUUGACGAGCCGUUAAAAUUAUAUCGAGGCAAAAAAAUAAUGGAAUGUAUGACUGUGAAUCUAUUUAUUUAAUAAAUUUGUUAAUCUAACCG